AUGGCGGCUGAGCCCGCGGCGCUCGGCGGAGGGCAUUUCACGCUAGGCGGCCCGCGGGCCGUGACGCUGGCGCAGCGCAGCUGUCACACGGCGAUCGUCGGUCAGCUGGCUGUCAACAUGCGCAGGCGACUGCGAGGGCUGGAACGGGAGGCGGCGCGACUCAUCUCUUUGUCCGGCGCUGCGACAAAGGCGGCGGCGGCGGCGGCGGCGGCGGCGGCUGCCGGCGUUACGUCGCUGUCGCAUCGGCGUCCCCGCACCCACGUGGCUCCUCCUCCGGAGCCGGCGAGCGAGCGCCGCGUGGUUUUUUGGCUUUGUUUGCGCUGUCCUUGUCUGAGCGCGCUGCUAAGGCUGCGCUGCGGCGGCGGCCGGCGCGAGAGACACACGCCGCGUUCGGGCGAACCGGUCCCCGGCCGGUACCGCGCGCGCGCCCUCCGCUGCCGGUGGCCACGUGCAGCCGCGGCGGCUAGAGCCGCGAUGACGAGGCGCGCCGCUGACGAGGUGCGCGUCGACGACGGCGGCGCGUCGCCGCUGUCGCAGCCGCCGACGCCCUCCGCCGACGACGCCGCCGCCGCAGACGCUGCCGCCGCCGCUGCAGCAGCGGCGGCCGCAGACGCGGUGCGCGCCACGCCGCCGGCGUCGCCUCCCAGCCCUCCGCUCAUGCUGGCCACCAUGACGCCGGUGAGCGUCAUCGAGCUGCAGAAGGACCUCUGCGACGCGGCGGCCGCCGCCGACCACGCCGCCAAAGCCGCCUACGAGGAGGCGGCGGCGGCAGCGGCGGCGUCCGUCGUGGUCGGCCCCGGGGGCGGCGCCGCCGGCGCGGGAGGCCUCGGGGGCGGCGUCGGACUCGGCGGCGGCGGCGUGGGCGGCGUGCCCGUCAGCGGCAUCGUCAACGUGGGCGGCAUGACUGUGGUGCAGGCGCCGCCGCAGCUGUUCGGCGCGCCUGCGGGCCCCGCCACCACGGUGCUGGUGCUGUCCGAGCUGGUGGACGACAUGGCGCCCGUCAUCGGACUCAGGUAA